AAUUUUGAGACCUGAGAUUUUAUAUGAUAUUUGGAAAUAGACAAUUUUAUUACAAUCUAAUCAAAUGUCAGAUGUUGAAAUCUACUUAAAUAGUAUUUGCAUAACAAGAUAUAUAAAACUUCAAAAAAAUAUUUUAAUAGUGACAUAGCAACCUGGGCUUUAAGAGUAUAGAAACGCAAAGCGUCAAAAUGGCGGAAACACCACAGGGCCUCACUGUUGUUACCAGCACUGACGAAUUCCAUAUACCUGGAAGGCCAUGCGAACUUUCAGCAUUUUCUCAUGUUCCAACAAAUCGGCUCAACGAACCAAAAGAACGGAAUUGUUUCAAUUCGGAUAAAAAGAAUCAUUAUCCUGGCUCCCGAUAUGACCGGCAGUUUCGCAAAGUGGAUGGCUAUAACAACAAACUGCACAGAGACGACAGAGAACACGCUAAAUCAAGAGGACUUACUGUGAAUGACGAGGAAAAAGUGAAGGAUGUCCCGACUCUUGCUUCUACCAUUUAUGGACAUUACCUUGACGUUCACACAGACCAUCCUGACAGAAAGCAUGUCCGUGUGGGGCAUGUGAAGUCUGAAUUUUACAGAAGGAAUGGAAUUCCUACUGCUUUUGAAAUGUGAUGUUUGCCAUUUGAAAAUAUUGUUUACACAAUCAAGAAUAUUUGGGGAUUUUAAGCUUUGCUUUGUAAUUAGAAUGUAAUUUUAUUUCAGUUUUUAUGACAUGUUGAAUUUAAAGUUUAAAGUCAGCUGAACUGCUGUGAUACCUCGCCAGUGCAUUCCAUAUAUUUGUGUCAAGUUGUCAAAUGUAGCAGAACAUAUUUUCUGUGGUAAUGUCACACAAAUUUUAUGUUACCAAUGUAUUCUCAUUCAGGUUGGUGUUAGCAUCUCUGUGAUUAUAUGAUUUGUUGUUUUAUUAAUUGGAAUGUUUAUUAUGGUUGAGGAAGCAAUAAGAAAAACAGUCAGUGUAAGAAUAGAAUUAAUUUUUGGGGGAUAACAUACAUAGGGUAAAAUCAUUUCAUCCUUGUGGACUCUUUUGUUGGAAAAACUUCUCGUACCUGUGUUGAAAUUGUUGCAUUGGGUACACUUUUACAGCAUGACUAUUGUGGCAGCUGUGGCACAGUUGGGUAAGAACUUAAUCGGCAUGCUGAGGUUCAUGAUUCAAGUAGAAAAAGGAUCAUAAUAAUUGUCAUCCUUCUUGGAAUAGAUCUAUUUCCUGUCAGCAGCAGAGUUGUCAGCUAAUAUAAGUGCUCUUUCUUUCUAUGAAACGACCUGCCUACACCGAGAGAAGCAUCUAAUCAUCUAAAGAGCAUGUGAAUUGUGUCAGCAAUAUAUCACUCUUCUCUGUAGUCUUAUUGGGAUUGGUCGAGAUUUUAAUACUUCAUGUAGUCCAGCAUAGGCUGCAAUUGCGAAUGUUAAAUUGAGAGGGAAGUUAAUAGAGAUUGCAAUUUCUGAGUCCUUGAAGUUAGAUUUGCGAUGGUAGAGCAUGAAGAAAAACACCUGCCAAGAAACUUGUCUUGUCAAGUAGGACAAAGGGUUCACAAAUGUCAGCUCAAAAGCUUGAUGGAUCUGUCUUUCACUUUGACCCACAUCUCUUUUUUAAAAAUAAAUUGUACAGAAGAAAGAAAGAUGGCUUUUGUCUUUCAUUGACAACAAAUCACUUCUUUAAAAUGAAUUAUAAUUUCUAUGUCAGUGAAUUCACCAUAAAGCUGCUUUUGACUUAUCACUAGACUAAAACACUCUUGAGUCAGAGAGGCCGUUUUCCGCUAAGAACGUCUCACUUCUCUUUGUGUUGUAGGGGUGCUCAUCGUCAAAUCCCCAAAACGAUGUCUUACCCUUGCAUUCCAGGUAUCUUGAGUUACUCUCUUACCAUGUAACUCGAAGGAGUAGGUUUUUAUUUUUUAGCUCCGUGGGUUCUCAAUAAAAAGUCAGGAGUUAAUAUGCACUAUAAAUUACAUUGUAUAAAGAAAAUGGUGUGUGGCUUAUUAAUUCUGUGUGUGCUCUCGUCAUUUCAUAAAUCAGAGGAUUUUUUAUUUGCGUGAGGAAAAUGGUCAAAGUAUCUAUAAAAACAAGUUUAACACACCUUUCAACACUGUUAGUGUAGUGGUAUUAGAAUUAAAGAGGCAAGACCUCUGAAUUUAACGUCCAUAUCCAAUCAAUAGGAUCAUGCCAAAUGGAUUGAAAGCCUCAACUUGAAAACUCCACUUACCUACCUGAGUUAAAAAAUGACCUGAUGGGGAUUUGAACCUGGGACGUAUGCUCUGUAGUCUAGUAUGAUGAUACCAACUGAUCUAACAAAGGCCCGGGACUCGGUCAGAUGAAAGUUUUAAACCUACGGUCUGUGAAUAUUUAUAGGUAAAGGAUAAUGAUAAUGACGAAGGUUAUUUCCCCUGUAAAUUCAACACCAAAGGUUAAGGUGCGAUACUUUCUAAUUAAUGUACUGUGUAAUAUAGACAUACAUGUUACUCAUUUAUUUGAAAUUUUUUCUGAUUUAUGAUAGAAGAAGUUAGGUUUAGUUGAUACUGAACAUUUGAAGCAGGAAAAUAUAAAAAAUGUCCAACAUUAGUGAGUGUUUUUGUUUUUAUGUAAAAUUGUUUAAAAAAAUUUUUAUGGCAUGAUUGAAAAAAAAUAAAAGGGUGAACCCCUUGCCAUUGGUGUGUGUGGCAGACUACACAACUGAGGUACGGUUGGCUGCGA